UUUUCUCCCCCUUUUGCCUUGAUUCCCAGAUGCCUUCAGAAAAGUGAUUGAUUGUGCCACUGUGGACAUCCCAGUCAUGGAUGGGGACUAUUCAGAAUGCUCAUCAAAGAACCAUGGCUAAUAAUGAGAUGGAAGAAUGUGUUGUGGCAGCCAUUGAUAGCAGAUGAACACCCCAUAAUGAAACACACCAGGCUGAUGGCAUAUCUACUGUCUGGCAACAGCUGUGAAAACAUGGCAUACCUGCAGCAGAGAGGUGGGGGCUAUGACUCUGUCAACACAGAAAGGGGAGCUCUUCCCUCACUAGGGAUAGUUGUGGUGUGGACAGCUGCAGAAUGGGAUACUACCCUCUUGUCAACAGGGCUCUUGAGAGGGGUAUUCAACUUGAGACCAUCAAAACCUAGAUAUACAGAGACCUGGAAUGUCAAGCUGGUGCUGCAGAAACUGAGAACUAUGGAAUGAUUAUGCAAUCUUCCGCUAAAAGACCUAACACUAAAACUAGUGAUGCUAAUGAUACUCAUGCAAGAAGCCAGAGUGCAAACAUUACAUUUGUCAAUGUUAAAGAACUUUAGCAUUGGCAUGGAUUGAUUCUAUUUGUGUUUGGUUAGGGGGCAAUAUUAAAUAAUGUUAGCCAAAAUCCAAUGUGCAGUUUGUGAGGUUUUAAAGCAUACACUAAAGAUAAAAAAGACUGUGUGUGUAUAAAACAUUGAAAAUGUAUCCUGAACAGACUGAACACUUAGGAUAUAGUGUUGAUCAAGAAAAUGGGCACCUACUCAUUAGUGUUAUGAAGCCACACAAAAAUGUAACAAAAGACAAUGUUGCAAGAUGGAUUAGGUUAAUGCUUAAUAUGUCAGGAGCAGACAUAGGAAAGUACUCAGCUGGUUGUGUUCGGCCAGCUACAGCGUCAAAGACUAAGGCCAUGGCUGUAAAGAUUACACACAUCAUGGCAAAGGCUGGAUGGUCAAGGGCAACCAUCUUUGCCAAGCAUUGAGACAAGGUAAUAGUUCAGGAACUUGACACAUUCCAAGAAGCUUAACUAGAAUAGUGAAGAGGUUCUUAUUGUGAUAAGAAAGUCACAAUUCUUUUGGAAAACACUAAAUUUUGUGAAUUUCCUACAAAACAAGGGAUUUUGGCUCAUGGUUGUUUUAUUUCACCAAACUCACAUACAG